AUGGACCGACCUACCGAUCGUCCUUCUUUCGACGCUGGUGUGUCGUUACCUUCUGAGUCAGAGAUAUAUACAAAAGCACUAAUGGCACGUCUCCAUCCUUAUAUUGACUGGAGCCAAUACCGGACUUGGUUCGAAAGCCUACCAUUACGGAGACCCUCGGAGGAGAGCCCGGGAGGAUUAAUCUUACGACAACCACUCCAAGACGUUCGCAUCGUAGAUGUUGUGGAUGUCUGCAUCGUAUCUUUACCUCGGGAAGCCCAGUUCGUUGCCCUGUCGUAUGUAUGGGGACCAGACUCUGCGAAAGACUUUCGGACCUUACGCACCAAUGUGCGCGACCUUGAAAUUCCUGGUAGUCUGAAUAGGAUUGAACUACCUUCAACAAUAGUAGACGCAAUCACAGUAUGCAGACAGCUAGAGCAUCGGUUCCUAUGGGUUGACCGACUUUGCAUCAUACAAGACGAACUGCAUGCACAAGCAAUUCAAUUGGAGCAGAUGGCAAGUCUAUACCAUCAAGCAGCCUUUACCAUUGUUGCAGCUGCAGGUUCCAGCGCAGCGCAUGGAUUGCUAGGCGUGAGCCGCGCAAGGGAAGAGCAGGAACAACUCAAGCUCAACAGUGGCCUCCAGCUUGUGGAAACCGCACCAAUUCUCAAACAGGUCUUACACAAGACUACAUGGAGCAGUCGUGCUUGGACAUUUCAGGAGUACUUGUCGUCAACGACAAUGAUGUUCUUCACUGAACAUGGAAUUUAUGUUGGUCACAGAUCGGAACCCGGCUCGCUCGAUGUAUACACCGAAGCACCCGGGGUACACCAACCCACAUAUGAUCGACUGCACAAUUCCUUUGACGCAUUGGAAACAUACACGGCCAAAUCGCUCACGCACUCAUCAGAUAGACUGCGCGGCUUCUCGGGUAUACUCUAUGCAACUCAUGGUAACAGAACAACCCACGGACAGCCCAUUGACGACUUCGAUCGCAGCAUCCUGUGGCGACGACGAGGAUCGAGGAUUGAACCAAGAACCCAGGAACAAACAGAUCUCAUACCCACAUGGUCUUGGACCUCGGUUGGGGGAUCCAUAGAGUUCUACCAGAAGUACUAUUACUCAUAUAGCCUCGCUUACUGGGGCAAAUUCGUCUACGAAGACGACAAAGUCGUGAAGGUUGUCAUUGGGCCACCGAACCGGAUAUGUCAAGGCGAAAGAGAGGGGAGCGAUCACGCUGUAGCCGCGCUGGCAUGGUUGGCUGGCUGCGUGCGCUCAAAACCACCAGCCUAUCUCAAGAUCGACUGCUCAAGUGCCGAGUACGAGAAACGGCUCGAGGAGAGAUGGUCUGACGAUAAUCUCCCCGGAUACUGGGAAGAUGCUUUCCGCGAGUAUAAAACGGUUGAACUAUUUGAGAGCGUCCCUGGUAAUCUCUUAGAUGUCACUAGACGCGUCAUAGCGCACACGCAAAAGGCUUCCUUCACCCUGGAUCGAAGCAGCCGAACCGGAAGAAAUACACAGCGGCCUUGGGAAUUUCCAGAAAAUGCCACGAUCCUGAUUCGCAGCAAGGGCCUGGUAGCAGGUGCUAUAGCGCUCGAUGAAGACCUCAUCGAUAGCACCGCAAGCCGAAAUAUGGACCAUUGUGACGUAGACCUGAUUGCGCUCUCAGUAGACCCUGAGGGUCACAGAUUCCCGCCUGUAAUGCCGUGCUUCGAUUCGCCAUCUGACAGCUUGUCGAUCAGUGAGUUUUUUGGAUGUAUGUGCUCAUCAAACGGGACCAUCGAUUUAGAACCGGAAGCGCAUCUGGUAGAGUGUCCCAGACACGCGGAUUUCGAUACGCCCAGCCCUUACUGGGAACUACUGUCUCCUGACGAUAGAUUUGCCCCUGGGCAGAGACAGUCCGAGAAAGCAAGGGCGUUUGCAAAGCAUUGGAAAGGAUUGAGCUAUUUUGGCAUCGACGGCGAACCUCUUCACAGUUGGCGGCACGUGCCUGAGUUGUAUGUGAUGGUAGUUGCGCGAAGUUCAGUCCAAGAAGGUAGUGUCGUAUAUCGGAGACUGGGCAUUGGAAGGGUUUAUCUGAAGAGAUGGGUUGAAGCGUCGCCGGAGUUCGAAACAAUCGUCCUGGAAUGA